AUGUCUGCGCCCUGCUCCCUGCUUCCUUCCCCCUGUUUGGGUAUGGCUAGACUGGACGGGCCUGUAUCAGAGGGCAGGGGACUGGUGCAGAGGCGGUGGGGGGUCCGCGGAGCCCCCUCCAAACAAAACCAGGAAGAGCAGGAAUGUCCCGCAGCCAGCCGUACUGUAAGCAGAGCACAGGGCCUGGGACGUGUGAGAGGACAAACAACAGGCUGGGGCACCUCUGACCAGUGUCCUCUGCUCUGCAGCUCUGCAGCUCUGCCCUGUAUCUUAGACAAACAGGCAGAGGACAUGCUGACUGCAGCGGCUGCAUUCACCACAGAUAGACUUGAGGAUGUUUUCAAUGAAGUGUUUUUGAACGACUUCAGUUCAAACUAG